AUGGCGGCGAAAGAUAACAAUACGACUCCUAUGCCCGCGCCACCCGACUAUUUCAAAGAGUUCACCGAUGACAAUGUCCGCAAUAACACCUGCCCCAAGCCUCCGAAAAUACCAACUGACGCUGUCAAAAUUUUCGGAACAGACCAGUGCUCCAGUUGGGGAACUGUUCGACCACUCGAAACCUACAAUUUCCCCCGACUCCAUCCUCAAUAUUGCGACCACCGAAAGGAGCUUAAAAAGAUGGUACAAUCCGUUGCUAUCGGAUUUCUUGACCUACUCGACAUUCUUACAAAAGUACCUGACUCCCGAGAACGAAACCAGAGAAUUGAUGAUCUUAUGCUUCUGUUCAUUCACAUUCAUCAUAUGAUCAACGAGUUUAGACCACACCAAGCUCGCGAAAGUCUCAAGCUUAUUCUCGAAGUACAAAAAAGAAGGCGAGAAACCCUUUCGCUAAAUCUGAAGAAAGUGAUCGAGAAAUGUACUCAGAGCCUAUCAGAAGCGAAGAAGAUCCUAGAACCCGACCCGCAUGAGAUUCUCUGA